AUGGCGGCCGAGAGUGGCAGCGAUGCUCAGCUGAGAAGGCGGCGGCGCCGGGACCCAGAAGAUCGAGAAAAGACGGAACCCGGCGACCGAGAAUUGGCAGUGGCGGUGGCGGCGAGCGAGGAAAAUGAGGAUGAGGGUGAAGAGCGUUGGGUUGGGCCUUUACCGGUGGAGGCGACCCCGGCCAAGAAGAGGAAAGUUCUAGAGUUUGAAAGAGUCUAUCUUGAUAAUCUCCCCAGUGCAUCCAUGUAUGAGCGCAGUUACAUGCACAGAGAUGUUAUCACGCAUGUGGUAUGCACCAAGACAGAUUUUAUUAUCACUGCCAGUCAUGAUGGACAUGUUAAGUUUUGGAAAAAAAUAGAAGAAGGAAUAGAAUUUGUUAAACAUUUUCGCAGUCAUCUUGGAGUAAUUGAGAGUAUUGCAGUUAGCUCUGAGGGAGCAUUGUUCUGUUCCGUGGGUGAUGAUAAAGCAAUGAAGGUAUUUGAUGUAGUGAACUUUGACAUGAUCAAUAUGCUGAAGCUUGGCUAUUUUCCUGGACAAUGUGAGUGGAUAUAUUGCCCAGGAGAUGCCAUAUCUUCAGUUGCUGCUUCUGAGAAGAGUACAGGAAAAAUUUUCAUUUAUGAUGGUCGAGGAGAUAAUCAGCCACUUCAUAUUUUUGACAAACUCCAUGUAUCGCCUCUUACUCAAAUAAGACUAAACCCAGUUUAUAAAGCAGUUGUAUCUUCAGACAAAUCUGGAAUGAUCGAGUACUGGACUGGACCUCCUCAUGAAUACAAAUUCCCUAAAAAUGUGAACUGGGAGUAUAAAACUGACACAGAUUUAUAUGAAUUUGCCAAGUGUAAGGCUUAUCCAACCAGCAUAUGCUUUUCACCUGAUGGAAAGAAAAUAGCAACCAUUGGAUCAGAUAGAAAAGUUAGAAUUUUUAGGUUUUUAACUGGAAAACUCAUGAGAGUCUUUGAUGAAUCAUUAAGUAUGUUUACUGAACUGCAGCAGAUGAGGCAACAGCUACCAGACAUGGAAUUUGGCCGACGAAUGGCUGUAGAACGAGAGUUGGAAAAGGUGGAUGCUGUAAGAUUAAUUAAUAUUGUUUUUGAUGAAACCGGACACUUCGUGCUAUAUGGAACUAUGCUGGGCAUUAAAGUUAUAAAUGUAGAAACAAAUCGGUGUGUGCGGAUCUUAGGCAAGCAAGAAAAUAUUAGAGUAAUGCAACUGGCUUUGUUUCAGGGAAUAGCGAAAAAGCACCGAGCUGCAACAACUAUAGAAAUGAAAGCCUCGGAAAACCCCGUUCUUCAGAAUGUUCAAGCUGACCCAACAAUAGUCUGUACAUCUUUCAAAAAGAAUCGAUUUUAUAUGUUUACCAAAAGAGAACCAGAAGAUACAAAAAGUGCAGAUUCUGACCGAGAUGUUUUUAAUGAGAAGCCUUCUAAAGAAGAAGUCAUGGCAGCUACUCAAGCAGAAGGACCAAAACGAGUUUCAGAUAGUGCCAUUGUCCAUACAAGCAUGGGAGACAUUCACAUCAAACUUUUUCCUCUUGAGUGUCCCAAGACAGUGGAAAACUUUUGUGUUCACAGCAGAAAUGGUUAUUACAAUGGGCACACAUUUCACCGUAUCAUUAAGGGCUUCAUGAUUCAGACAGGAGAUCCUACAGGUACUGGUAUGGGAGGAGAAAGCAUAUGGGGAGGAGAGUUUGAAGAUGAAUUUCACUCAACAUUACGACAUGACAGACCGUACACACUAAGCAUGGCCAAUGCUGGAUCAAAUACUAAUGGAUCCCAAUUUUUUAUAACAGUAGUACCGACACCCUGGCUUGAUAAUAAGCACACCGUGUUUGGACGAGUGACUAAAGGAAUGGAGGUUGUGCAGAGGAUUUCCAAUGUUAAAGUCAAUCCAAAAACAGAUAAGCCUUAUGAGGAUGUCAGCAUCAUCAAUAUCACUGUCAAAUAAAAGGGACUUAACACAAGACUAUUUCACAUUUGGAAAUUUAAUACUUGAUGAAUAUGCAAAUCAUGUUUUAAAAGAUAAAACUGUAUUUUUGUAUUUUUAGUUAAAGGUCACUUUUAAAAACUGCCUUUGAUUUUUCUUUGACUAGUUCUGAUCUUAAGGGGUGACAAACUGAAAUGCACUAAAUUCAGGCAAAUAACAUUUCUUAUAGGUAAGUACUCUUCUGAUUGAAAUUCUGCAUUAACUAAGGGGUUGGUAUAUUUCCUCAAUUUUAAAAACAUGCUCUUAUGGUUUAGUGAUCCUUAAAGAAAAAGAUCAAAAGACAUUAUAUUUAUUCCUUAUAAAAUAUCCUUUAAAUUGAAGUAUCAAAUGACCACUUGAAUUCUUAUUUUUAAUGAAUGGUCACUGUUUUCAUUUGCUUUUCCUAAUGUAGCUAAGUAAUUUUUCUUCUAAUGAGUUACAUUUUAAUUCAGUAACCAUCAAGAAUAAAAGUAAAAUUUAGUAUCCUACAGUAGAAUCUAUUAAUAGGUGUGGUGGGAUGUGUCUGUCAUUCCACCCAGCACAUGUGAUAUGAAGGUAAAGGCCAGCCUAGACUACAUUAUUAUGCCUGGAAACAAAUUCUAACAGUACAACAAGUCUAAAGUCUUCAUUGAUAUUAUUCUUCACCUCCCUUUGAUUGCUAACAACAGAUUCUGUCUUCCAGACAGCCUCUUCAGAAACUUAAAAAAGGGACAUCUCAGUAGAGCUGCUUCGGGAGACCUGUUCCUACCACUGACCAAUAGCAUCAUUUCAUUUUGUAUGAAAUGCAACCUGCAAGAUGAAAAAGUAUGUCUAAUUGUGCCUUAAAACUGUGAAGCAAGGUGGUGGUGGUGCAGGCCUCUUCUAAUCUCAGCACUUGGGAGGCAGUGGCAGGCAGAUCUCUGAGUUCCUGGUCAAACUGGUCUACAGAGGGAGUUACAGGACAGCCAGUGCUUCACAGAGAAAUUCUGUCUCAACCACCCCUACCCCUUCCAAAAAAGUGAAACAAAGAGAUAAAUUUUGGUCAGGCAGUGGUGGCGCACACCUUUGUUCCCAGUGCUCAGGAGGCAGAGGCAGGCAAAUCUCUGAGUUAUACACCAGCGUAGUCUAUAGAUGAGUUCCAGAACAGAGCAGGAUACACAGACACACUGUCUCGUAACCUCCCUCCCCAAAAAAGAAUUUUAAAAAGAAUUUGAGCUUACUCCAUUAAGGACAUUGUUACAUUUACUUACAAGUAUUACACUCAUCCUAAAAGUAAAAUUUUGGUAAUACUGCUAUCAAGUGGUAAUAAUGCCUCAUUCCUCAAACAUUCAAGUAUUUUGCUUUAAUUGAAGAAUCAUAAUAUGCAACCAAUGAAUUGUUUUCAUAUCAUUUUAUUUGAAAUAGGGUCUCAUAUAUCUCAGGCUAGUCUCAAAGUCUCUAUGUAGCUAGUGAUCCCUCCCAAGUGCUAGGAUCACAGACACAUACCAUAAUCCCCAGCUUAUGCAGUACUUAUGGAGCUGGAACCCAGGGCCUGAUGCAUAUUAGCAUGUAUUCUACCAACUGAGCCACAUUGCUGCCCCUGAAUUAAUGCACAAUCUCACACUUAGUCUAAACUUAGUCUGUUUUCUCUUUUGGAAGAAUACAUGUGCACAUCAGUCUUCCCUGGUACCAAUUUGUAAAAUGAGGACUUUCCCAAUGUUAUAUAAGCAUUAAAUAAAUACUAUUUUUUUAAGAUUUAGGCAAGCUUUUCAAGCCCAGCCUCUGCUCCUUUCUUGGUGGUGAUGGGGAUGGAAUCUCAGGCUUUGUUAAGCACGCCCUCUCCCACUGAGCUGCAUCUCAAGCCCAGCAAACCACUGUAAUGACCAGUACGUGGCAUGUAAAUGGUGUCCUGUGAAACACGACUAAGUUUUAACCAAAAUGUUUUCACUUCUGUUUACUGCGAAAAUUUAGCUUUCCCUCCAGAAGUUUCUUGUACCUUUUGUUUAAAUGUGACCUGAAUAUAGAAUAACAUCUCUAAACCUUUGCAUUAGCAAAUAAAUCCUAUCUCAAAUAUGAUAGGUUAAACCAUUCUCCACACCUUUUUGUUUUGGUUUCUUUUAGGCAUAGCACAAAUAAUGAAGUUCUUCUUUUUUGCAGUGUUAGGGAUUAAAGACAGGAUUUCAUACAUGCUAGACAAAUGCUUCUAUUAUUGAGCUAUGCCCAGUCCUAAUAAAAGACUUAAGAAAUUUACUAGCAAUGAUGCUAGAUACACUAUUAAGCAGUUUUUAUAAUAACAGAACUCCUUAUAAAUUAAACAUUUUAUUGCUUUCUAUACUGAUCAUACACGUAAGUACAAAUAAUGUCUUCUGUUGGCUAUAAAUCAUUCCUGAAUUACAUACCAAGGGCUAUAUACUUAACAUACCUGCUGUAUAUAAGUAAUACAGUAAUAACUAGAUGUAAUACAGAAUUUCAGACAUAAGGCAAAUCCCAGUAUAUUGUUGUUAAAACAUAUGCUGAUUUUUAAAAUCUGACACUUCCCAGAGGAAACUAGUAUACUCUUAACAAAUGAUUAGCCAAACGAUGUAAGUAUGCACAGUAACAAGAGCCCGCCCGAGAAAAGAACCACACAUAAACACUAUAAUAUAUCUAUAUUACAAUCAUAUUUAAGCACAAUCUUAAAAUUAUAUUUGGUUAUAUUUUAAGAAUAUGAAUUACAAAGUUUAACAAAAUUAGUGAAAUAAUAAACAUAAUUUAUAAGAAAAUCAAGUUCACUUAGUGUCAGCACAUUUUCAGUUACUACAGAAAAACAAUUCAAGGUCUCACAAGCAAUGCAACAUUUUUAUUUUUCACAGUUACUAAAAUCAAAUAUUAAAUAAUUUAGUUACACAGUAUUACGUAUACACACAACUACUUGUAACAGCAUGACCAGUUACUUUCUUGAAAAACCAAGGACAAAAUAUACUUUUAUUUACAUAUUGCCCGUAAUAUGUGAUGGGCUUUUUCUAAUUUAAAAAAAAAAAAGUACAUUUGAAAAAAAUGGAACCAGAACAGUGCCACCUAAAAGUUACAUCCUAUUGUCAGACAUCACUGUCUUUGUAACUGCAGUACAAUUUAAAAAUCAACUUCAUCCUAAAGAAAAGCAUUAAAAACAAGAAAUCUAGCUAUUUAAAGAAAUCAUGCUUCCAUCCAUAAUAAGAGUAUCCUUUACAAAAAACAAACCAUAAAGAACGCAAAAUUUAACUUUUAUUCACAACACUGCCAUACUAAAUGUAAACUUUUCAACUGUUUCUUUCCCUAUAGAUAUGUUCUUCCUCUUCACUGAGACCUAGUCCUGAAGAGCCUUGAUCCUUUUUAUUGUCACACGAAUUUGGGAGCCAUUUAAAGAAGUUAGCAUUCCCAAAGUUUGAAUACCUUUCCCUAAGGUAUAGGUAGUUUUCUAUUUAGGUCUCUAUAUGUUCAUGUAAAAGUGACUCGCUUUUCAUGUGACUUAUAACACUUUACCAACAAAGGAAGCAAUAUCACUUAGCCUAAAUAAUGUGUUUAACAACUAAAGGACCAACUCUGACCUAGGAAGUAAACCUAGGACCAUUCCUGGAAAUGGUUCUUGUUAGUAAAGAUCAAACAAUUUUCAGUUUUACUGGUUUUGGUUUAGUCUAAUGAUCAGGUUCACUUAGAUACUAUCUCAUUCUCACUGUAUUAUGCAAAAUGUUUUAGGAGAGCUGAUAAAACUGUAGAAAAUACUGAUUUUUCUAUAGUUUAUACUCCCCAGCAUUACUGAUACUGCUAUACUGAAAGUGAAAGUAAAGCAAUCUUAUUUCCCCCAAUAUAGCUUCAGUUCUAGUGCACAACUGCCCUGCCUACUGCCAAAACUGAGUAAAAGGUGGGGUUAAGAAAGCCAUACUUCCCUAGGUUCUUUUAGGCACUCCACUGGCUGUUUUGUUUUUUUGUUGUGUUUUGUUUUUUCACUGCAAUAAAGAACGUUCACUUGCUUAAUCCUUUGUAACUACUCCCCCCCAAUAUGCAGGUCAUAUAUAAACUGAAAAUCUCCAGUACCUAAUGUACCCUUUAAAAGUCUAUAUCCAAGAAAUUUCUAUUUAACCAAUUAAUAUGGUCAUUUAAAAUUGUCACAGAAUAAUUUUAAAAAGCAAUGGCAUACUUAGUUCUCAGUCCAGAAAUCUUAUAUACACAUCCUACAUUAACUAUCAUUUGAGAUGUAGAAUUUCUUAGGAUACAUUACAUGCAGAGUAACUUUUAACCAUAAGCUUGAAACAAGUGCUGCAUUAGAAUCAAGCAACAUCCAACACUCCAGCAGCCACAAGUUGCCGGGACAGCCAGUCCAACCCUUCAUAGAGCCCCAUACCACUUCGAGCAUCACAACCCUGAAUAUACCAGCUCCUACCACAGCAUAGUUUAUGGAGACUGAGAAGUUCAGUGAUUUCUUCUACUGAUAGUGCUCCAGCAACAUCCUAAAAGACAUAAAAUAUGAUUUUUAAUAGUCCUUCCAAGUGAUCAUUUUUUUCUCUUAUGUUUAUAUAGAAAUAUGCUGAUAACAUAUUUUUCAAACUUUUUUUUUUUUUUAGGGAAAGUUUCUCUUUAUAGUCUUGGCUUUCUUGGAACUCACUCUGUAAACCAGGCUAGCAUAAAAUUCAAAUUCAGUAGUCCAUCUACCUCUGCCUGACUGUUGGGAUUAAAGGUGUGUGUGCUAUCACUGCCUGGCAGCUUUACCAUUCAAAUUGAAUCCUAAAUAAAAACUAUAUUUUCAGUAAUUAUUUUGAGAUUAAUUGAAAUUAAGAGUUUUGGUUAGAACUGUCUAUUAUAUAUUAAGGAUAAUAAAGUGAAAUCAAUCACAGCUAUGCCUCCUAUCUGAAAGACCUAGGUCACCAUAAGGCAUCAGCCAUCUGGCCACUUCUCACCCAAAAAGGAAAAGUACAUCUAUAACAUAAAAAUGGUUUAUACAGAAACUAUAAUAUAAAGAUUGUAUUAUUUCCCACCCUUGAUCCGUCCCAGGAGCAAUGAACAGUAGUGAUUUCUUGUAUAUUUUUCCAGAAAAUUUCCACGCACAAUCAAAAUGCAUAAAUUUUAUGUCUUUCUGGUUUGCAUCUUAACAGGAAGAUAUUUUUCAAUUUAAUGUUAGCAAUGUAGAUUAUCAAUCAUAACAUUAAAACUGCAUCUCUUUGCAUGGAUAAAGUAUAACUUAUUUAAGAAGUCCUGCCAUUAUGAACACAUGAAAUCAUAAUAUGCUAUUAUUAUAAUAUGCUAUUAUAAACCUGUAUCUAUUAUUAGCCCUCUGUAGCAUGAUUAACCACAGACAGUAAUUGGAGUUCAACCUGAAGGUCAGAAAAGCAAAAGAGCCAGCCACUCUCUCUUACCUCUACCCUCAGUCCAAAAUGGCAAUCCUGCCUCCAGGAAUCCUCAGAAUAAGGCUGUCUUACAUUCCUCUCUAGUGCUAGGAUUAAAGGUGUGCACCACUACUGCCUAGUUUCUAUGGCAAACUAGUGUGGUUACUGGGAUUAAAGGUAUGUGUCACCACUGCCUGGUCUCUAAGGCUGACCAGGGCAACUAUUUCAACUCUCUGAUCUUCAGGCAAGCUUUAUUUAUUAAAAUACAAAUGAAGUAUCACUACAGCCCUCUCCAUUCAUGGAUUCGACUAACUGGUUUAAAUUUUUUUCAGAUUUUAUUAUAUGCCCAUUCUGAACAUUCCUUGCUCUUACUCAGAAGCAACAACCAUUAAAACAUUUCCUUGCAGAACAUGCUCACUUGUACUUGUUAUUACUCUUUAAACAAUGAAGGCUAACAUACCAUUACAUACCAUUUACAUCUCACUAAGUCUUAUAAGUAACAUACAGACGAUUUCAAGUAUUUAGGAGAAUGUGUGAGUUAUACACAAAUACUAAUUAUAAAAAGAACUUAAACAUCCAAAGGCUUUGUGGUGAUCGUCCUAGACCCAAUCCUCCAUGAAUCAUAAGGGACAACUGUGUACUCACACAGAUAUAUAAGUUAAGUUUAUCUAUAUUUACAAAAUUAUCUUCAGUAACAUACUACUAUAGACCCUGAGAGUAAAGAGGUAUGUGCAUCUAAAAUCUGAACAGAUGUUGCCGUUAUCUUAAAUAAAUUCUGUUUAAUAACCA